AACAAACAUUUUUUAAAUUCUACUAACUUUAAAUCAAUAUAUUAGGAUAAAAGUACUUGUAAAAAGACGAUACGAAGUUGCUUUAUGGAUAUGAUCAUUUGUUCGGUUUAUUUUCGAGCGCUUCAAUAUUAUUUUGUUUUUAAUUUCUAUAGAUAAAGUGCGACAUUAAUACUUAAGUUAGAAAAAGUGAAAUAAUAAGAAGUUGUGAAUUUUUUUAAAUUAAUAAUUUCAGUAGGUAUAUUUAAUUCAUUCAUCGUUUUAAAUCUUCAGCAAUGAAAAAUAUGUUUGAUGCGCUUGUGUGAAAGUUAUGAUUUCAAAUAAUAAACAGGAUUUAUCUUCAACAAAUCGCAGUACUGAUCAUUUAAAAGUAAAUUUAGUUCAUGUUGAUGGAAAAGUUAAGCGCAUGCAGGCUUUUAUUAAAAAGAUCGGAAAAAAUAGGAAAACAUCGUUAGGUGACAAUGAAUUUGAUAAAGGAAAUCAUGACGAGUUUGAAGUUAUUGAAUCUAAAAAAGAAGCAAAAACUCAAGAAACCCUUCUAUUACAAUAUAAAAAGGACGUCAACAGUGCUUUGACAUAUUACAAAGCUAUUUUGAAAAGGGGAGUUGUGCAAAAGUUACCCGGUACUGCAACUGCUAUCUUGGAAAGUAUUAUCAAUGCAGAAAACACUAUUGAAAGCUGUUUAGAAGUACUCUUUAGGCUAAAAGAAUUUGAACCAGAAAAAAAUAAAGUUUCCCCUUUAAAAGUUUCACUUUACAGGAGUAUUACUGCUUUGAUAAGAUUGUCUGAUAAUGUACUUUUUGAAUCUUAUACCCAUAUAAAUAUUGAUACAGAAUCAGCUAAUAAAGCAGCUGACAAUGUUUUAACUUCUUUGGAGUGUUUGUAUGAAUUUGUAUUACCUAAAAUUAGAAAGUCUUCAUUAAAUGAAGAGCUUAUGCAUUGUGGUACAAGUUCUCAUAGCUCAUUAGAUGCUUUGGAUAAUAUACCUGAAAAAGACAAUGUUGAUGAUUCUGCUUUUUCUGAUAAUGACUUAUCGAUUAAUCACUUUGGUCCUUCAUUAAAAAUGCCGGAAAAAAAAGGUGAUCCACCACCAAAACCAUAUCUCCCUAAUGGCAAUAGAAAUUUUUAUGGAAAUUAUGACAACACACAAUUAAGAAAAGCCAUUAGUCAACCUGAUGAAAUCUCUAGUUUUAAAGAUGAUUUAAAUCAGGUAAGUGGAAGACCAUUAUCAGAGUUACAAAUUUUAGAUUAUGGUAGGAGGUAUUCUGCAAAUAAUAAAAGUUCAAGUUGCAAAAGUAGUAAAUCAUCAAUUUCCACUACAUCAAAUAGUUCACUAGGUAGUCCUAGUAAAAAUAAUAAAUAUGACACAACUGAUGAAGAUUAUGCGAUGAAUCGUCGACUAGAGGCUUUUAACAAAAUUGAAAUGAAUGAUAGCAUUAAUAAAGAUGAAAUUUCAAUGAGUUCUAAUUUAGUAAAAAAAAUACAUAAAUAUUCAUCUCGAUAUGAGAUAUUAGCUAAAAGUACUCUUUCUCUAUUUAAUGAUGAGGAUGAUAAUAAUGAUUCAUUAGAUACAAGUGACGAUUCUAUUCCACCUGCAUUGCCGAAAAAAAAAACCAAGCAUACUGCAGAUAGCUAUUUAACAUUUGUUAAAGGUUAUGAUGUUAUUGACUACAAUGAAAGACCCUCUUCAUAUUAUGAUAACUUACCUGUGCCUAAUGUGCAUAACAUCACAGAGGAUCAGUUUAUAAAAGGAGAUGGUUUGCCAAAGUUACCUCCUAAAAAGGGAACUUAUAGGAAUUGUGUAGAACCACCUCAAGCUUUUCGUACUAAUGAGGGUACUUUAAAAAGACAAAGGCACAGUAUUCGUGAAUCUUCUGCCGUAUAUGAUGAAGAUAAUAUACCUGCCUUAGAUUGUCAUGAUGUAUCUAAGUUUCUUGUGUUUAAAGAAGAAGAAAAUGGGCCUUUAUUAUGUGGUGGCACUGUUGAUGCUUUAAUUGUGUAUAGUACUCAAGUUGAAGAUAUGUUAUUUUAUCGUGCAUUUUUAGCUACAUAUAGAACAUUUGUAUCUCCAACAGAACUAAUUUGCAAGCUUUUGUAUCGAGCAAACCGUUUCCAAGACAAAGGUAACGAGGAAACUUCAAAAUCAGUUCUUAGGCUAUUAGUAAAAGUCAUGGAGGAGAUGUAUGAAGAACUUGAUAAAUCUUUGUUUGAUCAGCUUCGAUCUGUUGUUCAUAGGUUGUUAAAUCUUGGACAACUAAAGUUAGCUAAAGACUUACGGGACAAAAUAGUAAACUACUGUAUAAAACUCCAAGUUAAUCAUAUGCCUAUAUAUAUUCCGAGAAAAAGUGAUUCAGAACUAUUUGAUUUUAAAAGUUUUCUUUUAGCUCAACAGAUGUGUGUAUUAGAUGCUGAUUAUUUUAUUAAAAUCGAGUUGCCUGAAGUUCUUCGUUGGGGUAAGGAACAAAGCGAAACAUUAAGUCCUAAUCUAUGUCGCUUCAUUGGACAUUUUAAUAGAAUGUCAUUUUGGGUUCGAACUUUGAUUUUAAAUGAACAAAGACAGCAAGAGCGUGAAAAAAUUUUCAAAAAAUUUUUGAAGAUUAUGAGAAUACUCAAAAGACUUAAUAAUUUUAGUGCAUUUCUUGCUAUACUUUCUGCGUUAGAUUCAUCUCCAUUAAGACGUUUAGAAUGGCCAAAGCAAUAUAUUGAACUUUUAGCCGAAGAUACAAAACUUAUUGAUAGCACUUCAGCAUUUAAAACUUAUCGCAAAGCUCUUAGUGAAGCAAAACCGCCUUGCAUACCAUACUUAGGAUUAAUACUUACUGAUAUCACAUUUAUUCACUUAGGUAACCCUCAAGACCUUCCUGAUGGAAAAGUAAACUUUGUAAAGCGGUGGCAGCAGUAUAAUAUUCUUGAUACUGUUCGUAGGUUUAAGGAAAAUUUGUAUGAUUUUUCUAGAGAUGAAAAGAUUUUAGAUUUUUUCAAUGAGUAUGAGGAACACAUGGAAGAGGAGGAAAUGUGGGAGAAAUCUCAACAAAUUCGUCCAAGAGUUAGGUAGCAUUAUGAUUUAUAUUUCAACUAAUUUUUAAAUAGAUUUCCUAAUAAAAUUCAAAUAAAGUAUAGUUGGAUUGACUAUAACUUAUUCAAUUUAGAACUUUAAUUAAAAAUUAUCUGUUUUCCAUCUUAAACUUUUUCAAUCUAAUAUAUUUUUUUUCAAUCUGAUAUUUUUGUUGAAUUUUUAAUAGAUUUUUUAAUUUUUUUAUUUUAUGAAAAAAAUAGUUAAUGCGCUUGUAAUUUUUUGUUGUUGCUAUGUUAUGCCAUAUGUGAAAGAAAUAUGUUUUCAUUGUUAUAAAUAAUUAUUUUGACUCA